AUGAGUCGAACUACAUUUCUUAAUGUUGAUGAUACGAAGGCUGGUAUGGAAGAUUUGGAUAAAGAAAAAAUUAAUAAAUUAAUUCAAGAAGCAUCUAAAAAUUCAAAAUUUUUUAAACAACAACAACGACGUGAAGAAGAAAAUCGUCGAAGAAUUGAAGUUAAAUUAUCUAAAAUAAAAUCAUUUUCAACUUUUCAAAUUGAACAAGCUGAAAAAUCAGCUGAUCGAUAUUUAAAUCAACUAGAUAAAACUCGAGAUUUAUCUCGAAUAUUUUGUCAUAUUGAUAUGGAUGCUUUUUAUGCAUCAGUUGAAAUGCGAGAAAAUCCAGCACUUCAACAUGUACCAAUGGCAGUUGGUGGUGAAGGCAUGUUGUCAACAUCAAAUUAUUUAGCUCGUCAAUUUGGUGUACGUGCAGCAAUGCCUGGUUUUAUUGCACGACAUCUUUGUCCGAAUCUAGUUAUUGUACCUUGUGAUUUUAAUAAAUAUCGAGUAGAUAGUUCAAAAGUCAUGAAAAUUAUUAGUGAAUAUGAUGAAAAUUAUGGUUCAUGUGGUCUUGAUGAAGCCUUUGCUGAUCUAACAAAUCAUUUACAAAAACGAUCGACGUUAUCGGAAGAACAAAGAACAUUUCCGAAAGAAGAAAAUUCAACUGAAACAAUAACAUUUGGUAUUACAGCUGAAGAAACUGUUCAAGAAAUUCGACAUCGUAUCUAUUUAGCAACACGAAUAACAGCUAGUGCUGGUAUGGCAUGUAAUAUGCGUUUGGCUAAAUUAUGUUCAGAUAUCAAUAAACCAAAUGGACAAUAUCAAUUAGAAUCGAAUGUAAAUGUUAUUUUAAAUUUUAUUCGAAAUUUACCAAUACGAAAAAUAAAAGGUAUUGGAAAAGUGACUGCACUUCAUUUAGAAUCACUUCAAAUUCAAACAGUUAAUGAUAUUUAUCUUAAACGUGGAAUUCUUAAAUUAAUUGAAUAUCCAUCAACAUUUGAUUUUCUUAUGCGUGUUUGUAACGGUUGUGGUUCAACAACUAUUGAACAUGAUGAUUUACAAAAAAGUAUUGGACAUGAAACAACAUUUAAUGGUACAAGUGAUUCAUUACAAUUAAUAUCACUUUGUCGUGAUUUAGCAAAGAAAACAGUUGAUGAACUUAUAUCUGAUCGUAUUUUAUGUAAACGUGUAACACUUAAAAUUAAAACAGUUAAUUUUGAAAUUUUAACACGCUCAAAAACACUUUCAUCUUAUACAGAUUCAUUAAAUAUAAUUACUGAUAAAGUUAUUACAUUACUUAAGCAUGAACUUGAUCAAGAUCUUGAAUUACCAGCUUUACGUCUUAUGGGUGUACGAGUAUCUGAUUUGAAAAUGAAAAGUUCUGAUUUACCAAUUCUUCAAUUUUUUUCAAAAAAAUCUACAACAACAACAAUCAAUGAAAAUACACAUGAUAUGAUUGAAGAUAUUGAUGAUGAUGCUGAUGAUGAUGAGGGAGAAGAAGAAAAUUUGAAUGAAGAAUUUCUAUCAAUUGAAAAUCAAUAUAAUGAAGAUUGUAAUUCUAAAUUAAUUCAUAUUGAUGAUGAAAAUUCUAAUACAAGUACAACAACAUGUCCUGUAUGUCAAAAAAUGCUUCUAGGUGAUAAUGAUAAAAUAAAUAAACAUAUUGAUUUAUGUUUAAAUGGUGAAAUGAUUCGAACAACAAUUAAAGAACAAGAUCAACAAACAUCACCUCAAACAAAUUAUAAUAAACGUAUUAAUUUAACUCAAUCAAAAGUAACACCACCAGCUAAACGACAAAAAAGAAAAUUUAAUACAACACCACAACGAACAAAUGGAACAAUGACGCUCCAAAAUAACUCAACUACGAUAGAUUUUCAAUCAUGGUUUAUUCCUAUUGAUAUUUUAAAUAUGAUAUGUUGUGUCUCUGCUGUUAUACUUGCUCUAAUAUUUUUAUUUAUAAUUAUUUUUGAUAAAGUAUAUCGUAAAGUUGGAAUGAUACUUGUUGUGAAUUCUUGUUUAGCUGAAUUUAUAUUUGGAAUUUAUUUACUUGCUGUAACUUUAUUUACAUUUCACAAUGAUCUUAAACAAAUUUACUUCUACGAUUCAUUUUGUCUUAUAACGGCUUACAUAGGUUAUAUGUCAAUUGGACUACAAAAUUAUUCUUAUUUAUUACAAGCAAUCUAUCGAUAUAUCUUGAUUGUUAAUCCAUUGGGAUUAUUCUAUCAAUCAGUUAAAUUUCAAGUUUUUCUCAUAAGCUUCACAUGGAUAUGUUGUAUUAUUUAUCCUUUUCCAUUAGUGUUUACUGGUCAAAUAAAAUAUCUUGUUGAUGAUCAAUUAUGUCAAAUACCUCCUGGAUUUUCGUUUGUAACAAUAUUCAAUGCAUUUUAUAUCUAUCUAUUUCCUAUGAUAAGUAUAGUAUUAAUCUAUUUAAAAAUGGUUCGAUAUGUACGCGAGAUGAGUAAACAUGUAACUCCAGUUAAUAGAUUAUUUCAUGCUCAACGAGAACUAAAAAUGAUUCGACGUAUAAUUUCACUUGUAUCCAUUUUAAUAGCACUUGGUUUACCUUAUCAAACUCUUAUUAUUGUGUCAUUCUUUAAAAGUGCACCAAAAUAUCAUUUUCGUAUUGUUUUUAUAUUUAUCAAUGCAUCAUUGGUAUUUGUCUUGAUUGCUAUUUUAGAAAUUACAGAACCUUUGAAAACUUCUUUGAUAAGAAGAAUAAAUGGUCGAGCAACAAAUGUUGUACGAACAGUGGCAUAA